AUGACGGCCAAGGCGCGAUUGAAGACGACGAAUCUCCUAAAGGGAGACACGGGCGCCAUCAAGAACAACGUCAAGAAACUGCUGGACGAGCUGAGAAGUGUCGAACAGGGAGGCCUGGACAUCAAUGCCUGCAAACCUAUCCGGCAGGCGCUUCUGGACAAGCGCAUUCUCGAAUCCAAAGAUCAGACGACCCAGGCGUACGCCUCGCUGUGUUUCCUGGAACUCCUGAAAAUCUUUGCUCCGGAUGCCCCUCUUUCCAUCUCCGACCUGGAGCGCGUGUUUCAGCUGUUCAAGCGCCGGUUCAAGGCACUGGCCAACACCGAGGCCGCUAGCUACGCCGAAAGCUUUGAACUGCUUGAAAACGUCGAGUCUCUGAACUGCAUUGUUCUGGCGAACGACUUUGAAACCAGAGAUAAGUUCAUUGACGAUCUGUUUUUGCUCUUCUACAAGCUGUACACCACAAAGCCCGACAGCAAACACGCCGUACUACUUCCCCGUGUACUUAAUCAGCUUCUUUACGAAAUCAACCAGGAGGGCAAUUUGCCCAUGCAGUCUGCUCGAGUGGUCUUCUCUCAGUUUGUGGCUGUCCCCAAGAAGAAGACUGCGUCCAAGCAGGCCUCUCUGGGCUUUGAGAAUGCUGGAUACGCGCUGAGCAAGAUUCUGUGCGCCGAUAACAAGACGGUCAUGGCCAAAUCUUUGUUUGCGUAUUUCAACGACGUGUUCAACAGCGAGUGUGGAGACGACGCAGAGGAGGACGAAGAGACCAAAAUGACGGAGCUCACUCGAUUACACAAAUUGGUGGUGGAGAUCUGGAAGGCCGUUCCCGAAACCAUUGCCCAGCUGGUCGGAUAUUUGCAAGCUGAACUCAUCACCGAAAAGACAGCCGUGAGAUUGCUGCUGGUAGAGGUUGUGGGAGACAUGAUUGCGCACCAGCCUUCAGAGAUCAACUUUGUGACCACCUACGAUACCUGCUGGAAUCUGUGGCGAGAUCGAUGUCGCGAUAAGGAUCCCGAAGUGCGUGAAAUGUGGGCUUUCAAGGCCCAUGAUAUUCUCAAGUAUCGAACUGACGUGACUCGAGAGGUUUCCAAGAUCCUUCUGCAGCUGUUGAUUGACGAAGAUGAGAGAGUUCGAAUCCAGGCCAUCAAGUCUCUGGGUGAACUGGAGCCGGAGACGCUCAAGAACCUCGUGGGAGGCUCAGACGAAUUCAUCAAGCUCAUGACUGACCGUAUGGGCGACAGGAAGCCUCUUGUGAGAAAAACAGCCACAGAAGUGUGUGCUCAACUAUAUGCUGAUGCAUACCCCCUGAUUGAGCAAGAUGAGGAUGUGUCCAGUAUUGCCAAUUGGAUCCCCAGUGCUCUUCUGAACUUGGUGUUCAAGAACAACCCCGAAAUCACCUUCAACAUGGAACGGGUUUUCCAUGAGGAUAUCUUGACACGAGAAACUGGUGUUCAGACUCGUGUGGAGCGUCUUUUGUCGGUGUUGGGAUCUCUUGGUGAUGAUACUUCUCCUGCCAGAAAGUCGUUCCAUUCACUUAUCAACUGGCAAAACACCAUUUCUGAGUACUUCAAGGCGGCUGUGGGGGAUGUCAUCACCGAUGCUCAAAAAGAGUCUAUUAUCGAGUGGAUGGCCAAUAUCACACCUAACCCCAAGCUUGCAAGUUCUGCCAUCGCUGAGCUUCUGGAAAACUAUAGUGAAGACCUCAAGACAUGUAUUUCACCCGACUCGACUGUGCGAGAGGUGAUUGAGGCACAGGAUCGAAUUCUUGACGAGUUCUCUGGAGAAGCCGCGGAAGUUAUUGCUGUGCUUCUCUAUCGAAGCUCCAACUUGCUCCUCAACAAGCAGAUUCUCGCAUCUCUGGUCACCCAGCCCGUGGCUGCUUCUUUCUUGGAGCACGUGUCUAGAAUCAACCCAGCCCUUCUCACAGCCCAUGUCAACGGCAUGUUCGAGUCCAUUGUUGCCGAGAAUGCCUCUGAAGAAACUCUUCGAACCCUGGCAGCUAUGGCCAAGCGGGGCAACAAUACUCUCAAGGUUCCUAAGAUGGCAUUCAAGCCUCUGACAAAGUUAAUUCUUGACGGUGAGCCUCUAGAGGCCAACUAUGCUACCGCCAUUGCCUGCUGUGCUGCCCCUUCACUUCUUUCAGCUUCGGCUAUCAAGGCUCUGGUUGGUUCUGCUAACACUGAUUCCAAGUACACUGCGUUGACGCAAAUCUACAAGCGAAAGCCUGAGCUUCUAGAGAAACAUGACCUAACAGAACACGUUUCUGACUUGCUAGCAAAUAUGGAGGACCCCGACACUGAGGUGUCUGGCUUCGCGGUAUCGUUUGCAAUCACCCACGAGACUGCUAAGGGUGCCCCUAACCUUGUUGACACCAUCUGCAACCUCAUUGACCCCAAGGAUCUAGAAAUCGACGAAGAUGGGGAGAUGGUUGACAACGAGCUAUCUCCUUCUGUUCAUCUGUGUCUUUCUCUGGAGCUUCUACGGCUUGCUUGGAACCCGGCAUACAGAGCUGACAAGAUUCAUGCCCAGCACAUCAUUUCUCUGUCUCGAACAGUUCGACAUCCUGAUCCCGAAGUUCGAAAACGGUUCAUGCAGAAACUCAUGUCUCUGAUGAACAAGAACAAGCUAGGCUGGAAGUUCCUUCUUUUGCCGCUGCUGUGCAUCGGAGUGGAGUCUGAAGCUGCUUUUAAGGAUGAUGUUGUCCGAUGGGUGCGUGCCAAGCACGACAAUGAGCUCAAACAAAAUCCCAAGUCCACCGUUUUUGUGGCUCUGUUCCCACGUCUUUUGCACUUUCUUGGACGUGAUCUCAUCAUUCACACUGGAGGAGCCGUCACUGGCGAUCAUCUAGAGGAGCCGUUGUAUGCCAUUCUGGUCUUUCUACAGAUUGUGGCAGAUACAGACAAUUUGGCCAUGCUGUUUCAUCUUGCUCAGCGGGUCAAGCAAUUCCAAGAUGCUGUAGACGAGGAGCGAGCCAACAUUAUGCAUCUGGACAAGGGCGUCCAUUUUCUGUCUGAGCUGGCACAGCUGUCCAUUCGUCAGUAUGCUGAGAACAAGCACAACAUGCAGAUACCCACCUAUCCUGGCAAAGCAAAUAUGCCUGGCGAUAUCUUCAAGCCGUUCGAUACCCCCGAACUGGCUAAAAAGGCGUCUCAGACGACGUACAUGCCUCAGGAGGUGGCCGAGGAGAUUCCCCACAGUAUCCGAGUGUUCUUGACGUCUCGAAAACGUGCUCAGGAGGCUAAUGCAGAGAAAGCCAAGAAGCCCAAGAAGGCCAAGACCAUCAAAGCACCCAAGAAGACGAAAAAGGCUGCCAGUAAACCAAAGGCCAAGAAGAAAGCCGCUGGGACUGAAGACGGACCACGAAGGCGAAGCAGUCGACAUUCUGGACGAGUGAGUGACUACAGAGAGAAGUCUGUUGAGGAGUUGGAAGAAGAAGAUGAAAGUGAGGACGAAGAGGGCGACGAAGAAGAGGAGAGUGAAGAGGAGGAGGAGGAGGAGGAGGAGGGAGAGGAGGAAGAAGAGGAAGAAGAAGACGAUGAAUAA